AAAUCAACUUUGCGAAAGGAGCUGAGAGGUCCAAAACAUAGUAUCGUUUGCGUCUGCGAAGGACAAUAACGACAAUCUAAGGUCCUGAUUUUUCCUGAUAGACUAGGGGCCGAGUUGUUCUGGUGACAAGUUGUCCUGGUGCCGAAAUGACGCAGAUAAAGGAAUGUAUCCAAAGCCUAGUACAGUUUCUGACGGCCACGCUCAGUGAGAAGGUCCAUGUGUCCGCCGAAACUUUCCGUCAAGCCAAGUUCGACCGACCAGAAGUGACCAGACCACUAUGGUUCCUGUUAUACCAGCUGCUACAUUAUCCAGGAACAUGUGAAGAGGCCACGUCUACAGACAGACAACUUACAGAUGAUGCUGUAGUGACAUCAGUGAAGACGCACCUGUACCUGCAUGGUUACCGGUCCCCAGAGUUCCUGGCUCUUCCCUCCUCCAUGGAGCACGGCAGCAGGGAGCUCCUCCUAGCGUUUGGCUGGCUAACUGCAGCCACAGACACCAUCCACCGACUAUCCCAACCUCCCACCCAUCUUCUGGCAGAGAACACAGACUAUGUACACAAGGUUGUGAGAGGCCAGUCAACACCCCUAGAGAAGUCUGCACACAGUAAGACUGACCUGUGCAGACUGCCGGAGCCAGACAGGGUCACAGUGUGGCUGCUGGGAAAACUCCGCCUGGCUCUGAGAAGUCUUCAUGCUGCAAGUCUGGAGAAAACUGUGCUGACUAACAAGAUCCACAUGUACACCUCAGGACAGAGCCUCGUGCCAGGCAGGACUCACCUCAGCCCCAGAGACGUGUAUCUACUCAGACAUGUCAAUCAUGUGGACAAGUACCUGUCAGAGUUAGAUAGGGAGGUGAGGAGACAGGAGGCACUGCUGAGAUGGACCACUAACCAGGACAUCUUCUGGCAGUGGAUGGAAAGUGUCCUUGAUUCAAAGUUGUCCAGUGGUCAUCACACCCAGGCCAGUCAGGACAUCAGUAAGGGGUCAUCUCUCUGUGACCUCACACAAAGUCUUGACACCCUGUCCCUGGAGCUUCUGUCACACUUGGAGAAUGUUGAAGACCAUCUUCAUAACACAGACCAGACAUGGAAAGCAAAGAGAGGACAAAAUUCUACCCAGCACAGCUCUUUGUCAAUUCCUGAAGACCAGAGACUUGUUACAGAGGCAACACUGAUGGACUCAAUGGAGUACAGAGGCAAAAAGAAACAUCCAGUCCCCACACAACUCAUUCUGGCACAAAAAGAAUCCAAAGAGAAGAGACCCAAAAAGUCUACUGUUUCAGAAGAGAAGACAGAAGAAGUGGAGGAGUGUAUAAAGAGGUGGAGUGAUCUGUUGGAUGGAUAUAAGUGGGAGCUAGAAUGUAUGAGGGACAGACAUAAAGAGGAACUGAGCAAGUUAACACAUUCCCUUGAUGAGGUUAUAUGUAUUCCUCCAAUGGCUGUGAAAUUCUAACUUUCCUUUGGUGUAACAAUGAGGCCAUGUUGAUUCUAUAGUAUGAAUAACACCCACACAUGAAAUUAGAUCACAUAGCAAGAGGAAAAAACGGUCAGACCUAAUCUGUGUGCAGGUACGCCUCCUGGCAGAAAGUGAUGGAAUUGCAAGCAAUAUGGCAUGUCCCAUACCGGUAUUCCUAAAUAUGGCGUCAACAAUGUUACAGACUGAGAUGAUACUUUUUUCAUAGAAAUAAGUUUAUUGUGAUAUUAAAUAUUCUCUUUUGAUGUAAUUGUCUGGGUCCUUUUCUCCUGGUGAAUGUAUGAAUUAAGUUUAUGGAUGAUUUAUAAGAAAAAAAUUAUAUCCAUUACAAAACAUUACAGUAAUGAUG